CAGUCACAAUCUUAUCAAGUAGAAACUCCAUUACCAGAUUGCGUCCUCUUUCUCCUUCUUACUCUCCAAUUUUCAAAUCUUUACUUCCUGUCAGGAAGAAGAGACUCAGAGCAUUGCUGCUGUAAAAAAUCUCAAUGUCUGCCACUCAAAUAGAUCUUACUUGUUAAUUUUUCUUCCUCCAAAUGUACCAACACUACUCUGUUCCGUGAACCGCUUCAGUUUUCACCCUCUUAAUCAUUUCUUGUGUAAACCUCCUUGUGUGUUUUUGCAGCAUUAAUGCUGCACUGAGUCUGUGCAAACAAGUUACAAACCUUUUCCUGCGAAAAAGUUUCGUUUUUACCUCCUUUUGAGAAAACGAUAAAACUUGGGUCAGAUCAAGUUGGUGUACUAAAGGUCAGAACCAACGUGAGAGAGAGAGAGAGAGAGAAAGAGAGAGAAAAGAGAAAAGUUCGUUAGCUUGUGAAACUUUGUCACAAGUUUCUUUACUAUAACUACCUUUAUUGAGGAGGAAGCCUUAAACGUUUAGACAAAAAGAUGUCAAUCUCUUGCACCAGAAACUUCUUCGAAAGAUUCUGCGUGGAAGAAUACAAUAUGGACACAAUGAAACACAGCAGUGUCCUCACUGCUGAUCUCUUGCCAUCUCUUGGAGCAAGAAUUAACCAAUCAACCAAGCUCCGCAAACACAUAGUAUCUCCUUUCGAUCCACGUUUCAGGGCAUGGGAGAUGUGGCUGGUCAUUCUCGUGAUUUACUCAGCUUGGAUUUGUCCUUUUGAAGUUGCAUUCAUCACCUACAAGAAAGACGCUCUGUUCAUUGUAGAUAACAUUGUCAAUGGCUUCUUUGCCAUUGAUAUCAUUCUCACCUUCUUCGUUGCCUAUCUAGACCGCCACUCUUAUCUUCUAGUCGAUAAUCCUAAGAAAAUAGCUAUAAGGUACCUAUCGACUUGGUUCGCUUUUGAUGUCUGCUCGACAGCUCCGUUUCAGUCACUUAGUCUUCUGUUCAAUUACAAUGGAAGCGAAAUAGGAUUCAGAGUUCUUAGUAUGCUCAGGCUCUGGCGUCUCAGACGAGUUAGCUCUCUGUUUGCAAGGCUUGAGAAAGAUAUCCGCUUCAACUAUUUCUGGACACGAUGCACAAAACUCAUUUCGGUCACACUGUUUACAGUACAUUGUGCUGGCUGCUUCAACUACCUCAUUGCAGAUCGAUACCCUGAUCCAAGAAAAACAUGGAUUGGAGAUGUGUACCCAGAAUUCAAGAAGGCAAGCCUUUGGAGUAGAUAUGUGACUGCUCUUUACUGGUCAAUUACGACAUUAACAACAACAGGAUAUGGAGACUUACAUGCUCAGAAUCCGAGGGAAAUGUUGUUCGAUGUCUUUUACAUGCUCUUCAACCUUGGUUUCACAUCUUACCUGAUUGGAAAUAUGACCAACCUUGUCGUUCACUGGACUAGCCGCACCAGAACCUUUAGAGAUACUGUUAGAGCUGCUUCAGAGUUUGCAUCAAGAAACCAGCUCCCACCAAACAUACAGGACCAGAUGUUAUCACACAUUUGCUUAAAGUUCAAAACAGAGGGUCUGAAACAACAGGAAGCCUUGAAUGGUUUGCCGAAAGCAAUACGGUCAAGCAUUGCAAACUAUCUCUUCUUCCCAAUUGUUCAGAACGUCUACCUCUUCCAAGGAGUUUCUCGCAACUUCCUAUUUCAGUUGGUUUCAGAUAUAGAUGCCGAGUAUUUCCCACCAAGAGAAGAUGUAAUACUACAGAACGAGGCUCCUACAGACCUUUAUAUCCUUGUCUCAGGAGCAGUGGAUUUUACUGCUUACAUUGACGGAGAAAACCAGAUUCAAGGCAAGGCAGUUGUUGGAGAUGCAUUUGGAGAGAUUGGAGUUUUAUGCUACAAACCACAACCUUUCACAGUUAGGACAAGAGAACUAUCUCAAAUACUACGUGUAAGCAAAACAUCUCUAAUGAGUGCUAUGCGAUCUCAUAUUGAAGAUGGACGUGUCAUAAUGAACAAUCUCUUCAUGAAGCUCAGAGGGCAACAGUCAAUAGCAAUCGAUGAUCCAAACAACCAACCAGACUUCCUCCUCCAAGAGUGGCUCGGUGGUGGUCCAAAGAGAGGAGAAGGAAAUGCCAGACAUCAAGGACAUGGGCACAAAUAUUUACAACUGAAUGAUUCAGAACAUUUCGAUUUGGAUUCAAGAAAAGAGGGUUAUGGUGAAACAAGAAGAGGUCAAGAACAGAAGAUGGAGAUAGCAGAAGGGGGAAAACCAAACAAAACUAGUGAACAUGAAGCUACAAAACCAAAAGAUAUGAGAGUUACCAUACACUUGAAGUCUCACGGAAAAGAUUUGUCGAAGCUAGUAAUAUUACCUGCUUCCAUAGAAGAGCUGCUAAGACUUGCAGGUGAGAAAUUUGGAGACAGAAGUUUCACAAUGGUCAAAAAUGCGGAAAACGCAGAAAUAGAUGAUGUACAUGUCAUUAGAGACGGUGAUCAUUUGUUUUUCUCCAUCAGUGAGAACGAAGAUAAAGAGUCUUAACGUGAAUUGUAUAAUCAAUAUUAUUAGCCUUUCCAACAUUGAGAGUGUAUGUAUAUCAUUGAUGUAAUCAUU